AUGGUGGCACAGCAGCGCCAGCACCAGCUUCCGCAUCAACACCAGCCGCACCCUCGGCAUGUUGAGCACAACAAUCACGGCGGCCUGGUCGGGCGUGGUGGCCACGAGGUCGACAGGGGGAGCUACUUCGUUUCAAGGCCGUCCCCUAAGGCUAGUUUGGAUCAGAGGGACGAUGAUCGGUAUGUCCGAAUACUGGACAUCGAUUCGGACCCUCUCUACCAAGCGGUGCUAGACGCGUGCGACCGUGUCGGCAGCUUCCGGGUCGUCGGCUGGUGCAAGAGGCGGUGGCUGAUGGACAUCCUCUUCGAAAGCCGAAGGGAUGCCGCGGCGGCGCUCGACGACAUCGACCACCUUCGGCUCGCCAGCUCCCGUUCUCGAAGACCGAUCAAGACCCUUCUCAAGCCAGCCCGGUUCGACGGAGGAUUUACCAGCAACGCGUCUCAAGCGGCAGCGGCACCGGUGCCGAGAGUGUGGCCAUCGUCGUCCACUUCUCGGACUACGGGCGUUCAACAUCACCACAACUAUCAGCACGGAGGGCAGGUGGCGCCCAGCGGCCGGGGGGCCGGCGGCUGGGACGAUGGUCGGGGUGGCGGUGCUCUUGGCGCGGAGAUGCGACCGCAGCAGUUCCCUCCGCCGGAUGUCCCCCCUGUCAACGGGUGGAGUACCGCUGGGGGCGGCGUCGGCAACGUUAGCAGUAGCGAUCGUGGUAGCAACAGCUGCGGGAGCAGCGAUGGUGGGUUUUCGGCGGCGGCGGUGGGCAGCACGUUGCAGCAGCAACAUCAGUGGUCGGCGCCAGCGCCGCCGCCUCAACAGCACCACCACCCGGGAGCAAGCCGGAAAAGAGCGCGUAGCCCGGCUCGUAUCCAGGACGAUCACGCGGACCGGAUCCAGCCCCCCAACCACCUUGCACAGCAGCAGCAGCAGCAGCAGGCGCGAGCCUUGGACGGGGUUAGCAUGCAGCUGUCUCAGACCACUCCGGCCACCCGCAACAACGCGAUCGUCGGCAUCGCGCCGUCUCCGGUCAGCCCACCGUCUCCCGACGGGGUCGUCGGUUUCUCGACGUCCAAACCCAGCGGCGAGGCAAGACCGGAGGACAUCGAGAACGGCGGCGGCCUUGUCGGCAGCGUCAAAGCUGAAGUUGGCGGUGGGCAGGCGGGGGCGAGCGGCAGAAACAACGCCUUUUUUCCUUCGUUGAACUCCCGAACGGCUGCUGCCGUGGAGGCGCAAGGCGGCAGGGAGAGUGGCGGAGCCACCGCCGCCGGCAACAAGCUCUUGUCCAACCACCCGUGGACCGCCGCGGAUGCGGGCAAGGGCGGACAAGGAGCAGGCGUGCAACAACCAAACGGUGCCAGAAACCCUGUGGGCGACGGGCCGCGGCAGCAGCAGCAGCACUCGGUGCCGGCGCCUGCGACGUGGGAACAGCAAGGACGACAACAACAACAACGACGACAACCAAACUGGAUGACGCACAGCCCUCUUGCCUUUGGCGGGAAGCCGCUCGCCGAGCUUGGAGCACGGCCGUCGUCCCCGGGGUCGGGGCUCAUGAUGCCGGGGGGGACGACACCGGGGCUGCGGGUGCCGAAUGGGGGAUGGUCGAAUGAGUUUUCGGGUCUUCCGAUGCAGGGGUCUUCCAAUGCCCUCAGGGGCCAGAUACCAUGGGCGGGGCAAGCCCCACCAGUUCCUGCCCCCCACCAGCAGCACCAGCGGCGGCAGCGAACAGAACAGCCGGGGGUUGGGGAAGGCAAAGCGGGCGCGGUUUCCGCGGCGAUGAUCGGCAAGGGAACGAGUCUCGCUAGCGGCCAUGUUGAGAUCUAGGGGGGGGGGGGGGUUGCUGUGUGUUCCCCAGAUGUGUCUAGGGUUCGUGAUAUCGCUGAAGGCAUCUCAGGCAACGAGAGUCUUCGGCCCUGCUUCACAUCGCACCAUCUCUUGGUUGCGAGCGAUUUGUUAUUUUUCAUUCUCUUUGUCCGACGACGUUUGGACAGCGAUCGGGACGCUUACGGGUGUAGAUUUGUUUUAGGUCUUUGAUCGGGGUUUAUUUUGUCGCAACGCCUGUAGUAUGUAGUGCGAAGAGGAAUACCGGCUGGGAGUGGUAUUGUUUGGGUCGGAAAGAUCGACAGCCGCGAUAUAUUUGGCGUCGCUUGUCCAUAGAAAGGCUUCGUCCGAUGUCGCAUCGCUUACUCUCUCCUAGUAUUCGGCAUGGAAUCCCUAGCGCCUGGAACGCGAGAGGGUAGAAUGUAGGGCGGUUUUGUAUGUAGACCAUUUGGAAGAAUGUUGUUUUAACCUGUUCGAGACGCGUUUGUCUAUGCCUGUAUCAGGUCUUGGUUGCUGCUUGCUGCUGCUGCUCCGUUGUCAAACAAAGAAUACACGGGGAGCUGAGACUGAGCUCCGUGUGUUUGUAACUUUGUGUUGAUCCUCGGGGUGUGUAUUUAUUGCAUUUAAUAGUUUUGUGCAGAAGGCGCAGCAGCAGCAGCAGCAGCAGCAGCAGCAGCUGUCUGGUGCG